AUGCAUUCAUUCGGUUACAGAGCCAAUGCUUUGCUAACAUUUUCGGUUACGAUUCUCGCCCUUAUGUGCGCGAUUUCCUCUCUAUCUGACUCUCUCAAUUCCCCAUCUCCUUCUGCGCAAGUCCAGGUGUUGAAUAUUAAUUGGUUUCAGAAACAACCAAAGGGCAAUGAUGAGAUCAGUGUGACACUGAAUAUUUCAGCAGAUUUACAAUCUCUGUUCACAUGGAACACAAAACAGGUUUUUGUAUUUUUAGCAGCUGAAUAUGACACGCCAAAGAAUUCCUUGAAUCAGAUAUCCCUGUGGGAUGGUAUCAUUCCGUCUAAAGAGCAUGCCAAGUUUUUGAUUCACACAUCAAAUAAAUACCGUUUCAUCGACCAGGGAGCCAAUCUGCGUGGUAAAGAAUUUAACUUAACUCUGCACUGGCAUGUAAUGCCAAGGACUGGAAAAAUGUUGGUAGAUAAAAUAGUAAUGCCAGGUUACCAAUUACCCAGAGAAUACAGACGAUGA